UUUUUUCUUUCAGCUUCUGGGUCUCUAAAUAUACUGUUCUUGUUUCUGUCCCCCCCUUUGCUCAAGAUUAUGUUUUUGAAGUGGUUCUUGGAAUUCAAGAGGGUUUUAUUAUUUAAGUCAGAAGUUAAGGGGGAAGUAGAGUCUUGGUUUUAACUCGGGUUUCUCUAUUGGUUCCAGGUUCUGAUGAAGAAUUUGUCUCUUGAAUUCCAAUUGCGGCCUUGAUGAUUUCAGAAACUGGUGUUGCAUUUUUGUUGAAGUGCUGAUCAGAAGCUUCAGUGGUUGAAUUUUUUUCGUUUCUGUCUUUGGGGUGAGUUUCCAUCUAGAGUGUGGCUUUGUAACUUGUCAGUCUGGCAAAUGAACAGGACAGCAGAGUAUCUUGUUUGUCGAUGGCUGCCCCCAAUAAGUUUUUUUCUCAGUUUAUUUCCAUGGUGAAAUCAUGGAUCCCUUGGCGAUCUGAGCCGGCUAAUGUUUCGAGGGAUUUUUGGAUGCCUGAUGAUAGCUGUAGGGUAUGUUAUGAGUGUGAUGCACAGUUCACUGUAUUUAACCGUAAACAUCAUUGUAGACUUUGUGGACGAGUUUUCUGUGCCAAGUGUACAGAAAACUCAAUUCCUGCCCCCUCUGGUGACUCAAGGAUAGAUCGGGAAGAGAGGGAAAGGAUUCGUGUCUGCAAUUUUUGUUACAAGCAACAUCAGCAAGGCAUAGCUGCUACUCCUGAUAAUGGAACACAGAUUGCUAUUCUAGAUCUUAGUACCUCACCAUCAGAAACAAGUUUUACUAGCUUUAAGUCAUGCGGCACUGGUAACAGCAGUAGCUUCACUAUUAACUCAAUCCCGUACUCAACUGGGCCAUACCAACGACUUCAAAACAGUUCUGGUCUUAGCCCCUGUCAAUCAUCUCCCAUGAAAACAAGCUCAGAAAAGCACAGCAAAUAUGCCUCCUGGAGGACCAAUGAUUUUGUUGCAGAUAUAGGGGAUUCAUCUCCAAAUCAUUAUGAGAUUUCAACAACCAGGAGUGAUGACGACGAUGUUGACUAUGGGACAUAUCAGUCAGAUUCUAAGAAUUAUUCUCAAGUCAAUGAUUACUAUGGUCAUGUUGAGUUUUAUGAGAUGAGCAAUCAUGAUGAAUCACAUCAGGUGCAACUUGAUGGUGAAAACAUUGAUGCAAAGCAUUUAAGCAGCUCCCCGUUACUUCACAGUUUUAACUCACAGGGUUCGGAUCCACCACUUGAAAAGAAAGAAGAUGAACAUGAUAUGGGUGAUGAAUGUGCUUCCUCUUUAUGUUCUGCAGGGGAUGUUGACAUAGAACCUGUGGAUUUUGAGAACAAUGCCCUUCUUUGGCUUCCCCCUGAACCAGAAGAUGAAGAAGAUGAAAGGGAAACUGUUCUUCUUGAUGACGACGAUGAUGGUGAUGCUGCAGGAGAGUGGGGAACCUUACGCACAUCAAGCAGUUUUGGCAGCGGGGAGUCUCGCAAUAGGGAUCGAUCAGGUGAGGAGCAUAAGAAGGUGAUGAAGAAUGUGGUUGAUGGGCACUUUAGAGCUUUGGUAGCUCAGCUAUUGCAGGUUGAGAACCUCCCUGUAGGCCAGGAAGGUGAAAAUGAAAGUUGGUUGGAGAUCAUUACGUAUCUGUCUUGGGAGGCUGCUACACUGUUAAAGCCAGAUAUGAGCAAAGGUGGAGGGAUGGAUCCUGGUGGUUAUGUAAAAGUAAAAUGCAUAGCUUCUGGACGUCCCUCUGACAGUAUGGUGGUCAAAGGAGUUGUCUGUAAGAAAAAUGUGGCUCAUCGACGAAUGGCAUCUAAAAUGGAGAAACCUCGGUUCAUGAUUCUUGGUGGUGCUCUUGAGUACCAGCGAGUUUCGAACCUAUUGUCAAGUUUUGAUACUCUUUUACAGCAGGAGAUGGACCAUUUAAAGAUGGCAGUAGCAAAGAUCGAAGCACACCACCCUGAUGUCCUUCUGGUGGAGAAAUCUGUUUCUCGAUAUGCUCAGGAAUAUCUUCUUGCAAAAGACAUAUCACUUGUUCUUAAUAUCAAGAGGCCACUUUUAGAGCGUAUGGCUCGCUGCACAGGUGCUCAAAUAGUUCCAUCUAUCGAUCAUCUCUCUUCACAAAAGUUGGGCUACUGUGAGACAUUUCAUGUGGAGAAGUUUCUGGAAGAUCUUGGUUCUGCUGGCCAGGGUGGGAAGAAACUGGUGAAGACAUUGAUGUAUUUUGAAGGCUGCCCAAAACCAUUGGGUUGUACUAUUUUACUCAGAGGUGCCAAUGGGGAUGAGUUGAAGAAAGUGAAGCAUGUGAUUCAGUAUGGGGUUUUUGCAGCAUAUCACUUGGCUUUGGAGACAUCCUUCCUUGCUGAUGAAGGUGCCUCUCUGCCUGAACUCCCAUUCCAGUCUCCAAUUACUGUGGCACUUCCUGAUAAACCAUCAAGUAUUGAGAGGUCCAUCUCAACAGUACCUGGUUUUAGAAUUGGUGCCAACGAAAAGUCUGUGGGAGCUCAACCUCAGAGUGAACCACGAAGAGCCAACAGUGUCCCGAUUACAGAUUUUGACUCUGCAAUUAAGAGUAGACCACCAUGUUUACUAACUGGUCGUAGCUCUCUACCUGUUCGUCCGACUUCAAGUUCCACAAAUUCUACUGGUUUACACUCUGCCCCACCUGGGAACAGUGUUACUUUUCAUAUCGCUGAUAAUCAAAAUGAAAUGGGCUCUAAAGAUUCUUGGGUGGUGGAAACUUCUGCAACCAAACCUGGCUCUGAUAUUAUGUCUAAUCAUCUUACUGCAAAUAGCAUAGGAUCUUCAGAGGCCCUGGGACAAGGUAUCUUCUCCGAUACCCAAAAUGAUCCAAGUGUAAAUCAGCUAGGUAGUUCAGACAAUCCAAUGCUGCAUCAAGAUGGUCAAACCCAUGCUGCAGAUGCAGGAACUAUGAAUGAAGAGUUCCCUCCGUCACCUGCUGACCAUCAGAGCAUUUUAGUUUCCUUGUCAUCUCGAUGCGUGUGGAAGGGGACUGUCUGUGAGAGGUCACAUCUGUUCCGAAUUAAAUACUACGGAAGUUUUGAUAAACCUUUAGGACGGUUUUUGCGAGACCAUUUAUUUGAUCAGACCUAUCAAUGCCAUUCUUGCGAGAUGCCAUCAGAGGCACAUGUUCAUUGUUAUACUCACCGACAGGGUACACUCACUAUAUCUGUUAAGAGGCUGCCAGAAAUUUUCUUACCAGGUGAAAGGGAAGGGAAGAUCUGGAUGUGGCACAGAUGUUUGAGGUGUCCAAGGAUCAGUGGAUUUCCUCCAGCUACUCGGAGAAUAGUGAUGUCUGAUGCUGCAUGGGGUUUGUCAUUUGGGAAGUUUUUGGAGCUCAGUUUUUCAAACCACGCGGCUGCAAGCAGGGUGGCGAGCUGUGGCCAUUCCUUACAUAGAGAUUGUCUUCGUUUCUAUGGAUUUGGGAAAAUGGUUGCUUGCUUUCGGUAUGCAUCGAUUGAUGUUCAUUCUGUCUACCUUCCACCCUCCAAACUGGACUUCAUUUCCGAGAAGCAGGAGUGGAUACAAAAAGAAACUAAUGAGGUUGUUGCCCGAGCAGAGCUUCUUUUCUCUGAAGUACUUAAUGCUCUUAGUCAAAUUUCGGAGAAAAGAUCUGGUUCAGGGUCAAUUACUAGUGGCAUUGUAACAGCUGAAUCCAGACACCAAAUAGUGGAACUGGAAGGAAUGUUACAGAAGGAGAAGGUGGAAUUUGAGGAGUUACUUCAGAAAACUUUGAAGAGAGAACCUAAGAAGGGCCAACCUGUUAACGACAUUCUGGAGAUCAAUCGAUUGCGGAGGCAGUUGUUUUUUCAAUCUUAUAUGUGGGACCACCGCUUGGUUUAUGCAGCCAGUUUAGAUAACAAGAGCUUCCAGGAUAGUUUAGAUAACAAGAGCUUCCAGGAUAGUUUGAGCAGCUCAAUUCCAGCUGAGGAUAAACCCAUGGCUACUAAUGAAAAGCUUGCUGAGAUGGAUGUAGAAAUGAAGCCAGGAAAAGGCUAUAAUAGUUGUGAUUCUUUUCUGGUGGAUGCAAUGCUUAGUGACGGCUUUGACCACAAGGGAGGCUUUACUAGCGCUGCUAUCAAUGCAGACAUGGUUCAUGGAGAGGACAUGAGUGAUGAUUUGAAUAAGGAAAAAGGUCAAGCUAAUCUCCCUACUAGCACAAGUGUCGGUGCUCAAUCUGAUCCUUUGACACCAAGGACAGCUCUUCGUAGGGUCCUAUCUGAUGGUCAGCGUCCUCUCAUGCUGAAUUUGUCAGAUACCCUUGACACUGCAUGGACCGGUGAAAAUCUCAUUGGAGUUGCGAUAGCAAAGGAGAACAUGUGUCCAGUUCCUGACUUGGCCGUAGAAAAUUCUUCAAAUGCCUCUCCGGCAGAGGGAUUAAAUUUAGACCAUGCAGAAGCCCAAAAUGGGACCAAAGCUGCCCAUUAUGUGUCACCUGCAUUGUCGACCAAGGGGUCUGAGAAUAUGGAAGACACAGUAAGCUGGUUAAAAAUGCCCUUUUUGAACUUCUACCGUUCACUAAAUAAGAACUUUUUAUCUGCUGCUCAGAAGUUUGAUACACUUGGUGGGUACAAUCCAGUCUAUGUGUCAUCCUUUCGGGAGUUGGAACUGGAAGGUGGUGCUAGGCUGCUCUUGCCUGUGGGUGAAAACGAUACUGUUGUCCCUGUAUAUGAUGAUGAGCCCACAAGUCUUAUAGCCUAUGCCCUUGUUUCAUCAGAUUAUCAGUUACAAACCAGUGAUGAGGGGGAAAGAGCAAAAGACAGUGGGGAUAUUAUGGCCGCAGUAUCUUUUACUGAUUCAGUCAUUAUGCAUCCAGAUGAUGACACUGUGUCUGAAACUCAUAGAAGUCUUGGGUCUACUGAGGAGAGCAUACUAUCAAUGUCUGGAUCUCGUGGCUCCCUGGGUUUGGAUCCACUUUUAUAUACAAAGGCUUUGCAUGCAAGAGUGUCUUUUGGAGAUGAUGGCCCUCUUGGUAAGGUUAAGUACUCUGUCACAUGUUAUUAUGCAAAGCGUUUUGAAGCCUUAAGGAAGAUGUGUUGUCCCUCUGAGCUUGAUUUUGUAAGAUCCCUAAGUCGUUGUAAAAAGUGGGGAGCCCAAGGAGGUAAGAGCAAUGUCUUUUUUGCAAAAACCUUGGAUGACCGGUUUAUCAUCAAACAAGUCACCAAGACAGAGCUGGAAUCUUUCAUUAAAUUUGCUCCUGCAUAUUUCAAGUACCUCUCUGAGUCAAUUAGCACAGGAAGUCCAACCUGCCUGGCAAAAAUUCUGGGGAUAUAUCAGGUUAUGUCAAAGCAUGUUAAGGGAGGCAAAGAAACAAAGAUGGAUGUUUUGAUUAUGGAGAAUCUUCUGUUUGGAAGGACUGUAACACGACUCUAUGAUCUCAAAGGAUCUUCGCGGUCAAGGUAUAAUCCUGAUUCUAGUGGGAGUAACAAGGUUCUGCUGGAUCAGAACUUGAUUGAAGCAAUGCCAACAUCUCCAAUCUUCGUGGGAAACAAGGCAAAGCGGCUGUUGGAGAGAGCUGUCUGGAAUGAUACCGCUUUCCUUGCCUCAAUUGAUGUGAUGGAUUAUUCACUACUGGUCGGGGUGGAUGAAGAGAAGCAUGAGCUAGUACUUGGGAUCAUUGAUUUCAUGAGGCAGUAUACAUGGGAUAAGCACCUUGAAACGUGGGUUAAAGCUUCAGGAAUCCUUGGUGGGCCAAAGAAUGCGUCUCCGACCGUAAUUUCACCAAAGCAAUACAAAAAAAGGUUCAGGAAGGCCAUGACAACCUAUUUUCUGAUGGUUCCAGAUCAGUGGUCUCCUCCAUCUAUUGUUCCAAGUACAUCCCAGUCUGAUAUCGGUGAAGAGAAUGCACACGGUAGUGCCUCGGUUGAAUGAUACUGUGAGUUAGUCCAUUUGUACAUUUUUUUUGAAGGAGGAUCACUUGUACAUUUAAGCAUGUGGUUCGGGUAUUUGACCCUGCUGCAUGAUUAUUUUUGUCAUUCCUUUUUCUUUUUCUUAUAUCCCAAUUCUUUUGUAUAGCAGUGUUUUUUGUAUUUUCUCAUUACAAGAGAAAUUCAUGAUUAUUUGAUAGAAGAUGCAGAAGAAGGCUGUUGAAGCCAUGGAUUUUUCUGUUGGGGGUAUAGUAUUAGAUGACCUCUCCAUGAAAAAUCCUUUUAGGAAUACGGUUUGAUGUAUUUAGCACCACAAAAUUUAUACAGUGAAUCCUUUAGUCCUGUAUAUCUGUAAAUGAGAUUGAUUUUAAUUUUCAGUGCCAUCUACUUGUCU